AAAACAACUUUCUCUUUAUUCUCUUAUCCCUUUGGCAUGGUGCAGCUUCGAGUGCUUAUCAGAGUGAAGGAGCAACCAACGUUGAUGGAAGAGAACCAAGCAUAUGGGAUACAAAAGAUUUCGGAUGGUAGCAAUGGCGACGUCGCAGACGAAUUUUAUUACCGUUUCAAGGAGGACGUGGCACUUAUGAAAGAUAUAGGGCUGGACUCAUUUAGGUUUUCGAUUUCUUGGUCAAGAAUACUACCUCGAGGUAGGAUUGCUGGUGGAGUAAAUCAGGCAGGAAUUAACUUCUACAAUCAUCUCAUCAAUGAACUCAUUUCAAAUGGUAUAAGGCCUCUGGUUACUCUGUUUCACUGGGACACACCUCAGGCACUUGAAGAUGAAUAUGGCGGAUUCUUAAACCCACAAAUCGUGGAUGAUUUCUUAGAAUAUGUGGAUAUAUGUUUCAAAGAGUUUGGAGAUAGAGUGAAGGAGUGGGUCACAAUCAACGAGCCUAACAUGUUCGCAGUGUUAGGUUACAAUGUCGGUAAUAUUGCUCCAGGACGUUGUUCGAGCUAUGUUCAAAACUGCACGGUUGGGAAUUCAGCCACUGAGCCAUACCUCGUGGCUCAUUACUUGAUCCUUUCUCAUGCCGCUGCUGUCCAACUCUAUAGAAAGAAAUAUCAGAGUUUUCAUGGAGGGACCAUAGGAAUGACUAUUCAAACAUAUUGGAUGAUUCCAAAAUAUAACACUCCUGCUUGCAGAGAAGCUGCCGAAAGGGCUCUUGACUUCUUCUUCGGAUGGUUUGCUGAUCCGAUUACUUACGGAGAUUAUCCAAAGACAAUGAGAGAGUUGGUGGGAAAUAGACUCCCAAAAUUCACAAAAAAGCAGUCAAAAAUGGUGAGAGGGUCCUUUGACUUUUUUGGACUCAACUAUUACACUUCAAGAUACGUUGAAGAUGUUAUGUUCUACGCUAACACCAAUCUUAGUUACACAACGGACAGUCGCGUCAAUCAUACUACAGAGAAAAAUGGAGUUCCUCUGGGUGAACCGACGAGUGCUGAUUGGCUCUUUAUAUGUCCAAAAGGGUUCCAAGAUGUUCUAUUAUACAUAAAAUCAAAGUAUCAAAACCCAGUAAUCCUUGUCACGGAGAAUGGAAUGCCUAGCGAAAAUAACAAAUCAUUAUCCCUCAACAAAGCUCUCAAUGACGGUGAAAAGAUCAAAUAUCACCAACUCCAUCUCUCUGCUCUUCUAGAAGCAGUCAGUCAAGGUGCAGAUGUGAGAGGAUAUUAUGUAUGGUCAUUAAUGGACGAUUUCGAGUGGGAAUUUGGUUACAAAUAUAGAUACGGAUUGGUCUACGUUGAUUUUCAAGAUGGACUCAAACGAUAUCUCAAGAGUUCUGCUCUUUGGUACCAUCAUUUUCUAUCCAACUCGUCCUCCUAUCAAAUGAACUAGCGCAAAUAUCUAUAAUUAAUAUAUUCAAUUUAUACAA